AUGGUCAUACAAGCUGCCUAUAGACGCGCACUCAACGCCCCCCGUCCUGCCUUCCUCACGCGAGCAUACGCCUCGGCCACUUCGGGACCUGUCAGCUUUGCUCUGAACGACGAACAGCGAGGUAUCCAAGAACUUGCGACACAGUUCACCAAGGACGUUAUCGUUCCUCAAGCUGCUGAAUACGACCGCUCUAUGGCUUAUCCUUGGCCCAUCAUCAAAGAAGCUCACUCCCUGGGUCUCCUCAAUACACACAUCCCCGAAGCAUAUGGCGGACCAGAACUCGGGCUUAUGGAAUGUGCAAUCAUCUCAGAGUCCCUCGCUUACGGUUGCUCUGGUAUGCAAACUGCUAUCGAAGCCAACGGCCUCGCGGAAGCGCCAUUAAUCGUCGCCGCUUCUCACGAACAAAAACUCAAAUACCUGGGCAGGAUGGCCGAGGAGCCAUUGGUCGCUGCGUAUGGUGUGACCGAGCCAGGAGCUGGGUCUGACGUGGCUGGUAUCAAGACAAAGGCCGAGAAGAAGGGCGACAAGUGGAUUUUGAAUGGGAGCAAGAUGUGGUGCUUCGUUCUCGCUAUCACUGACCCCACCGUCGCGCCUACCAAAGGCAUGACCGGUUUUAUCGUUGACGGCGAUUCAGUAGGCAUUGAACUCGGCAAGAAGGAGAUCAACAUGGGCCAGCGCUGUUCCGACACUCGAAUGGUUACUUUCCAGGAUGUCGAGGUGCCAGAAGAGAAUGUGUUGGGCAAGCCCGGAGAAGGAUUCAAAGUUGCCAUGAAAGCGUUUGAUAUCACCCGACCACUCGUCUCCGCCGCUGCCGUCGGUCUUGCCCAACGUGCCCUUGAAGAGGCUACCAAAUACGCACAAGAGCGAAAAACUAUGGGACAAGCCAUCAUCAACCACCAAGGUGUUGCAUUCAUGCUCGCUGAUAUGUCUAUCGGUGUGGAAGCUGCCCGGGCUUUGGUAUGGAAAGCUGCCUGGGCAAAGGAUGCCGGCCAGCGAAACACUUUCUACGCGUCCAUGGCCAAGGCUUUUGCAGGCCAGACAGCUGUUCAGAAUGCCAACCUUGGUGUCCAGGUCUUUGGCGGCGCAGGUUUCAAUACAGAGAUGCCUAUGGAAAAACUGUACCGCGACGCCAAGAUUUACGAACUUUACGAGGGUACGAAUGCCUGCACAGAACAAGCGCAGUAA